AUGACCGAGCCCGUGCGUCGAGAGUUGCGCAUACUUCAUCCCCCCUUAGAACCAAUCGUACGAGAUGGUAAAAUUCGAGAACAAAUCGAAUUGGAGAGCAAGGGUCGUCGAGAGUAUCGAAAAAAAUGGGGCUAUAUCACGCAACCGGAAACAACCGAGUUUUACGAUUUGAAGCAUAAUAAUCAGAAACUGCGGGAUAUGCAGUUGGCCCACAAUCGGAAUGUUAAUCUCCGCGAGUACGACGGACACGGAGAAUCGUUUUUCGUUUCGCGUCAGAUGUUCAAGACGCUGCUCGAUACGUGUCGCUGUGGCCGGAAACGUACCAACACCCACGCUCUAAAGUGUUUGCAAAAACCGAAAAACACCUACGAAAAGACCGACGACGAGGACGACGAAGUGGUGAAUCAUUCGGGCGCUGAUAGCAAACGUUGCCGAAAAGGAAUACCGUCUCCGGAAAAAACAGUCAGCAGCUACAUACCGAAAGUGCCACCAUUGAGCUCAGGAAUGUAUGGUUGGCCGCAGAAUCGUUUUGUGGCUAUGGAGAGGACUACAUACUACGUUUCGCCGCGAUACACGAUGCCUGGACAUCCCAUUGUCGACAGCCAGCCGUAUAAUAAUAUCAUUCUUGGAUGA